UUAAUACAAAAAUGUCUUUUUUAAGAAAAUUUUCACAAGUAAUUAAGUUUAUUAGCCUGUAUAUAUUAUACUCAUUGAUAAUUGUUCAACUAUUUUCGUCUUAAGAAUGAGGAUGUUGGUAUUAAAAUGAAUUUUAAAUGAACGCCAUUUUGAAUGAAAAUGAGAUCCUCCAGCCAAGUUGACUGAAUUAACUUAAAAUGAAUUAAAAUUUUGAUGUUGAAUAACUUUUUUCUAUUUUGAAUAUCUUUUCUGUUGUAAACAAUCAUGAUAUGGAUUUUUUUGCCAUAACCAUGUUUACUUCUGAGAAAGACCUAUUUGCUACUUUGCUGCCCUGAAUAUAUGGCAAAAUCUUCAAAUUCUAAACUUGAAGACGAUUGGGAUAAGACUCAUCUUCAAAAUAGGAAGAAUAUGACUUUGAAAGAAGGAGAAGUGCCUUACAAAAAUCACAUUUUCGUAUUUGUUGCUUCUUCGUCGUCUAUAGCAUGCGAUGUUUGCGAAAACAGGGAAUUGUUUGAAGGCAUAACGUGUACAAAAUGUUGUUAUACUUGCCAUUUAAAGUGUAUCGAAAAGAGCCCAUAUUGUGAUAAAACAGAAACGAAAACAAAGAUGGAAUCAAAUGAAGCUCCAGAAGAUGAAAGUGGUUUGUCUACAACUAGUAAUUAUGUUUAUGAACAAGUGGAGAUGCCAUCCAAAUCUAAUCCCAAAGGUUUUUCAAAAAUUUUAAAGCAUAAGGUAUCAAGAGGAAGAAGUCGUCAUGUUGACCAAGAAUUUGAUUUGGAUUUAACAUAUAUAACUGAUAGAAUUAUUGCAAUGUCAUUUCCAGCAACUGGACUGGAGACAACCUAUCGUAACAAUCUCAAAGAUGUUGCAAAAUUGUUGAAAAAGAAUCAUCAGGAAAAUUAUCUUGUUUUUAACUUAUCAGGGAGAAGUUAUGAUAUUUCAAAACUCAACCACCAGGUGUUAGAUUUCGGCUGGCCAGAUCACUUAGCCCCACCUUUGGAACGGUUAGUUAGUAUCUGUAAAUCAAUUGACUCUUGGUUGAAGUCUGAUCCACAACAUGUUGUUGUUGUACAUUGUAAGGGUGGAAAAGGUAGAACUGGUGUUGUUGUCGCAUCUUACAUGCAUUAUAGCAAACAAUCUGAAAGUCCGGAAGCAGCGAUGGAUGAAUUUGCCAUUCGAAGAUUUUACGAUGACAAACUUGCAGGGGUGACUCAACCUUCACAAAGGAGAUAUGUUCAUUAUCUUGAUGCGUACAUGGCGAACAAGAUCUCGAUAACCGAUAAGUGCAUUUCACUUCAACAUAUUGUUGUUCAUGUGAUACCAAACUACGAUGGUAAAGGUGGCUGUCGUCCAUUUUUCUCUAUCUAUCAAGACUUUGAACUUAUAUACGAAACUGAUGUUUACACUGUCAAUGACAAACCAACAUUGCGUUUGUCUAUUAAAAACGGUUUGGAUGUUCGGGGAGAUAUUUUGGUGAAAUGUUCACACAAGAGUAUAACUUCAGGACGAGAAAUUGUCUUUCGAUGUCAAUUUCACACAGAUGCUGUGGAGAAUUACUUUUUACGUUUUGAAAAGUCUCAGUUGGAUGUCGCUCAUAAAGAUAAACGUUUUUCAGAAAAUGGCGCUGUCGAGUUUAUUUUCUCGAGCUCCAUCAAUUCAAGUUCAGGGACGGAUGAUGAGAUUGUGAUGAAUGAAUUCUAUAUACCUCGUCAGAGGAUUAAAUCGUAUCAAUCUACGGACUCAUUGGAGGAAUGGAAGAAUAAAGACUCCAAUAACAGCGUGGAAACGGUUCAAAUGGGCGAAGCUCACGAAGAAUGUAAAGUUUGAACUUUUAUCGGUGGAUUUCUUAUCAUCUUCAUUGUGGGUAGCCAUGGAAUGGUAGUAUAUGAUAUGAUUCAAAGCUAUGUAUCUCCUGUAUAAUUUUUUAUCUAUAUAUAUUUAAUGAAAUUUCUUAAUUUAUUGUACAUGCUAGUACAUGCUAGUACAUGCAUGCGGAUUGGUUAACCGUAUGGACCAACUUAAAUAAGGCUUCACGCGAGGAAGUCUUUAUUAUAUAGCAAAGAAUGCUAACAUACAAAUCCAAGCUCAGAAAUUAGGACAACCCCACCCCACCCACCACCAUUUUUACAAUCUUAUGUCACACACUUCAAAUUUCUCCAACGAUGAAUUUCCUCUUUCGGCACUGGAUUGGUGAUUAAUGAAUGACGUAUAGCGCACUACGCUAAAACAAAAAUCACCGGACAUAACCUUCUGUAUGUUAGUAUUCUGUGAUUAUGUAUUUAUGUUGUUAAAUUUAGGAUUAUAAAGUCUGGAAAAUGAGCUUGCCUUACGUAAGGGUUUUUAAUACAAGCUAGCAGAAGUGUAUUUUUUGCCAUAGUCGGCCGGUUGCAACAAAAGGUUUUUCAAAACACUUACCCUCUUGGAGUUUCUAUUGUACGACUUAACUACAUACAAAGUUUUAAAGUGAACCUUUUCAAUGUGCAUUAAUUCUUUUCAAAGAGGACGUAUGGCUACACACAAAGAACUUUUAUUAAAUGCUAUGUUUACUAUAUUUUUUAGUUAGAUACUUUUGAAAACAAAUUGUUUUAGUUGAGAUCCUCAAAUUCACACCUUCGUAGAGAGA